AUGUGGGUUGUUGUGUACCUUAGUGCAGUGCUUCUUGUAGUGGCUACUCAAUGGGUGUAUAGAUGGAGAAACCCCAAGUGCAAAGGAUUGCUCCCUCCAGGAUCAAUGGGCUUCCCCAUCAUUGGAGAAUCCAUCCAAUACUUCUCAUCCCAUCCCCUAGAAGGCAUCCACCCCUUCAUCAACAAGAGAACCUUAAGAUAUGGCUCACUGUUUCGAACAAGUUUAGUUGGUCAGAAAGUGGUGUUCUCUACAGAUCCAGAGGUCAACCAUUUCAUCUUUCAACAAGAAGGGAAGCUUUUUCAGCUAUGGUACACAGAGAGUGCUCUCAAACUCACCGGAAAACAGGGAUUAACGGUUCACCAUGGAGCCUUCCACCGCUAUCUCAAGAACCUCAUUCUCACCCUCGUAAGCCCCGAAAACCUUAAAGCAUCAUUGCUGUCGGAGAUGGACCACCUCACCAGGAAACACCUCCAUUCUUGGACUGCCCUUCCCAAGUUUGAUGUUAAAGAAGCUACUGAAACUAUGAUAUUCAAGCUUGUUGCCAAGAAAGUUUUCAGCUAUGGUGAGAAAAGGGCAAUGGAGCUGAGACACUGUUACAGAGCUUUCAUUGAUGGCUUUAUCUCUUUCCCUCUCAACAUCCCUGGAACUGCUCACCAUGCUUCCAUGAGAGGACGCAAAAAUGCUAUAAAAUUGAUAAAGGGGACUGUAAAAGAGAGGCGAGGGAUGAAAGAGAAGCAUGGUGAUGAGGAUUUCUUGGAUUACCUAUUGAAGGAAGUAGACGACGAAAGCACAUUUCUGACAGAACAAAUUGCAGUGGAUUUAAUGUUUGUUCUGUUGUUUGCUACCUAUGAAACCACAUCUGCAGCCAUCACACUUGCCUUGAACUUCCUCAAUCAACAUCCUCAAGCUUUACGACAAUUGCAGGAUGAGCAACAGAAAAUUGUAGCAAGCAGGGAAAACAAGGACUCCCCCAUUACAUGGAAGGAAUAUAAGUCCAUGAAUUUCAUGCACAUGGUUAUCAAUGAAACAGUCAGGCUGGGGAACAUUGCUCCACUCAUCUUAAGAAAAGUAAUGGCAGAUGUCCGACUCAAAGGAUAUACAAUUCCGGCGGGUUGGACCGUAGCGGUGUGUCCAUCUUCUGUUCAUCUAAGUGCAGACAAGUACGAGGAUCCCCUAGCAUUCAAUCCAUCCAGGUGGAAUGGUCAAGAACUGCAUUCUGCAUCCAAGAAAUUCAUGGCGUUUGGUGGAGGUCAAAGGCUUUGUGCCGGUGCUGAUUUUGCAAAGAUGGGAAUGGCUAUCCUCUUGCAUUACUUGGUCACUAACUACAGGUGGAAAGUUGUAGAAGAAGGGAAGAUAGUUCGAACUCCGGCAUUGUUAUUUCUAAAUGGCUUCCAAAUCCAGUUAACGAGCUUAACUGAUUGACCAAUUCGAGAUAUUUGAGGCGUCAAGU